CGUCUUCCAACCACUAUUCAUUGAAAAUUGAGGAUAGGAUGACCAGAUACUCUACAAAAAGGAAGCACCGUAGCAAUGGUAAUCACCAUCUGUAUCGAACCCGUGUGUACGGAAGAGAUUUAGAUCAAAUCCACCAAGAUCUAAUUGAGCCGGAAAAACAUGAAACGAGACCAUUAGAUCCUGACUUGCCUGGUUUGGGACAACAUUACUGCGUUGAGUGUGCUCGUCAUUUUGCCUCUGAAGAGGCGAGACAGGUUCAUAAGCGCAGCAAAGUUCAUAGGCGUCGUUUGAAAGACCUAAAAGAGGCCCCUUAUUCACAAGAGGAAGCUGAGGCUGCUGUGAACAUCGCUCAUCCCAAACCACAUACUUCCUCAGAUAUGAUUCCGACUCAAGAAUCCAAUGUAGUGAUGGCGGAUUAGUGGAGCCAUGACAACGAGCUAAUGUUCAGGUUAUGGGCUGCCAAUGGUCUGUGCGCUAUUAAUUGACAAAAAGCUUGAAUUAUCUUUGCUGGUUUUUAAUCAGUCGCUUGCAAGUCAUUUGAGUUUCCUUGUAUUAUGGAGAGUAACAAAGCCGUUUUCUAUUGAAUCGUUUUUCGAAAGCGGUUUUCUUAUUUAAAUCUUUCUUAUUUUUAGGUUAUUGGAUUUUGGAUUUUUGGUACAUAUACGGGUCUAAUAUAAUAAUGAAUUCUUUUUAGCAUAUCUUUUACCACAACUAAAACUUGUGAAUAAGCUCUCUUA